CGUCCCCGGGGGGAGGAGGCUGUGACAUGUCUGAAUUACAGCUCCCAGAAUGCAAUGGGGGAGGGGGGGACUCUAGGCUGAGACUUGGCGGUAUCUGCAGCCGCACGCAGACAGGGAGCUGAGCUGAGGCGUGGUGUCUGCUUCUCUGAGAGAAUCUGACACACCCAGACGGCAGAGGGCUGCUGGAGGCAUAUGGGAUCGUGGUGGCAAUUCCUUCUCCUCUGCAUCCCAGUGUCGCUGCCUGGAGACUUGGAUUACCUGGAAGGAAAUGGGGGCUGGUUUACGAACAAGUACUUGGCUCUGAUGGAAGAAGAUCACUGCACUGUGGAGAGGAGAGACGCUUCCCUGACCUACUCCCAGUUCAUAGACCAAUAUGCUUUUUCCAGGCCUGUUAUUAUCCAGGGGAUCACGGACAACUCGGAAUUCCAGGCGCUCUGCACGAGGAACAAGCUGCUGGCAGAGUUCGGGGACCGCCUGGUGCGUCUCAGCACUGCCAAUACCUACUCCUACCAUAAAGUGGACAUGCCAUUCCAGGAGUACGUGGAGCACCUGCUGGAGCCUCAGGACCUGGCCUCCCUGGGCAGUGACACACUCUAUUUCUUUGGAGACAAUAACUUCACCGAGUGGGGCUCCCUCUUCCAGAAAUACAUGCCGCCUCCGUUCCGGAUUCCAGGCACCAGUGGGGCCUACAGCUUUGGGAUCGCCGGCUCCGGUUCUGGGGUUCCCUUUCACUGGCAUGGCCCAGGUUACUCGGAGGUGAUCUUUGGCAGGAAGCGCUGGUUUCUGUAUCCUCCUGAGAAAACCCCUGAGUUCCACCCCAACAAGACAACUCUAGCCUGGCUGCUGGACACGUACCCAUUCCUGCCGCCGGAGGAACGCCCUGUGGAGUGUACCAUUCACCCUGGUGAGGUCAGUCCUGCACCCUGGGGCCCAGUGAGGCCACCCCCUGCUGUAGCUGCUCAAGGGGCCUGUGGAGUGCAUCAGCUUGGAACACCAGGGGCUGUGUGUCCAGAGAGAGCAGAGUGGGGAGAUUCUCUGGUGCUGCACAAGCAGCAGGGACCCUGACACCACAGUGUCUGGCAUGGGAUCUGGGAACCCCAGUACUGAAGCCAGGCUGUCAGAAGACCAGGAAUCCCAACGCAAGCACCUCUGCACCAGAGCCAGGCUGCACGGUGACCAGGCAUGCACACCAGCAUAAACAGCUGUAAGAUUCCUGAUAUUGCUGCUUUCCAGACAGAAGGCAGGCUGUCCCAGGAGCAGGUCCUGGGGCUGGGCUGGAGGGGCACCAGUCCCCUGAUGCAGGCAUUACUGUGUGGGAGGCAGGUUGGGAGGUGUCACUGAUGGGACCGGGGAGAAAACCAUUGAGAGUUACAGGCAGUGCACAGCUAGGCCAGAAGGGGGAGCAGAGCUUAAGAGCCAGCUGGUAAAUGUGCUGAGAGAAGCGUUGGAUUAAACCUCAGCAGAGAGAGGAAGGAUAGGAUAGUUGGUUGGGCCCUAGGCCAGGAUUUGGGAGAUUGGGGGUCGUUCUCUGUGAAGGUGGGCAAGUCCUGUAGCCUCUUAGGGGAGGGGAAAUACAUCAGCAAUUGCAAGGCGCUCAGAUACUGCGGUGGUGGGGGUCCGACAGAUCCAUGUCAGGGCUGGCAGCGGUUCCUAGCUGGCUAUCUGCCAUUACACAAGUCUGUCUCUCCAGGCCUCAGCUGGGAAAUGCAGACAGCACUUCCUACCCCCUGGGACCAUGGUAGGGCUCACUUGGCAAUGUUGAGGGACUCUAAUACUAGGGAGAGAGGUUCCAUAAAGAAACCCGGAAUAUUAUGCCUUGUGACAUUGCAUUUUUGCCCUCUUUAGUCUCAUCUGUCAGAGGAUCUCAAGCACUUUAGUGUGUGCGCACAUGUAUUGAUAAAGAAUUCAGCCACACACCCUAGCUCGGGAGGGAGGUCAGUAUCAAUAAUUCCCUGUCACAGAUAGGAAAACGAAGACUCAGAGAAGGGGGAUGGGCCCUACCCCCAAAGGAGCUGCCACCAUGCUGGUGUGCAUGAACACAUGACAUAGGCAUGACCUGCUGUGUAGCCUGUUCACCACCCUGGCCCCCUUGUGUUUGUGUAAUUCCAAUGCAGCCAUUCGGCACCGUUAGCAAGCUGUUUGCAGGAGCAGAAAUAGCUGUGUUCUCGCCCACCCUGCCAGCUGGCUAGAGCACAGCUGUAGUGCCAUGGGCAGCAAGGAGCAGAGCCGUGGGCCUCGGGACACCAGCUGGCCCCUCUCUAGAAUUGCAGUCACACAGCCUACAGCUGUGGGGCAGUAUUCCCUCAUUAACUCUGCAUCAAACUAUUCCCGGACGCCUUUGCGGGCAUGUAGAUUAGCUGCACUGAAACACAAGAUGCAGUCAGGUGUCAGUGUCUCUCUGCUAGGCCACUGAGGGCACUUGUGGCCCUUCGGGUGAGGUACAGCUGUUGGUUGGUGCCCACACAAAUCUCAGUCUAAAUAGAAGUCUAGCCAGAGCCCAUGAAGAGCAGCACAUCAGCUGCUGGCUCAGUGUUGAGGCAUUAGCAAGGCUGUGUGCCAAUGAGUAAAUACCCAGCUCUCAGCAGGGGUCCAUUUUGAGGGCAAAGCAAAUGGGUAGAGACACCACAGAGGAACAGCAAGGAGCGGUUGCAGACACAUGGUGCUCCUUAUAACCAGCCACCAACUCACUGGAGAUCCCUCGCUCAGGGCAUCAUGCUGCUGCCCAGCACUAUAGUAGCACAGUGUCUUCUGUGCAAACUCUAUAGUGAAGUCCCUAGCAGCCAUCAGCCUCCAGGUUGUAAUGAGGGUGGGGGCCACUAGCUGUCUUCCACUGAAGCCAAUGGGAGUGACUUCUGGGAUGAUUUUGGCCUAAUCUAGCUGUAGAAGCUCACUUACACAUGGGAAGCAGCUUUCUGCAGCACAAGAUCUGAUGAGCCUU